AUGGAUGUGUCGCCUCUACAUAUAUUCUCUGUGGAUAUUGGGACCGUCAUGCAAACCUGGUCAAAUAUGGAAUGUUCAAAGGUUGCGGGUCUUGAUCCAAGUGUCAUUGUUGCUCUAAGUUUGACUGAUGGCGCGAUUUCUUCCUCCGAUAUUCAUUUCCCUGCUCUUCAAUUGCUGGCCUGCAGAAUAUCGACUGAUAACACUUUUCCACACUUGUUAACUCUUCUCUCUCCACCACUUAUCGAUUGUACCCUCCAAAUAGAUCCCCAUAAACUAUGCAAAAGGUCCGAAUUUACCAGGAUAAAUAGUACGUUGGAGGAGAAUCUACUAAUUUUACGCGUAAAUGAUCUCCCAAACUCAUUGGCUCGAGCACUUCUUGUAAACUUGACGAGAGUUGCUUAUUGGCUUGCUAUCGAGGCGUUGAUUGUUAACCAUAUGGAUUACUUUUCCGUCUCCCUGGAAUUUCUAUUUCAUGUUUACUCUAGUUGUUCUCACAGUGCAAAUAUCGGAGCUCAGUUUUUAGCAUCUUACAUGUUUACCACACUGCGGUGUUUUGUCAACGAGCUACAAGACUCCAAGAAUCUAUCCGUUAAUCGAAUUACUGAAGAGGUUUUUCGGGAUAUUUCGGCGACUUCUCAACAUUUGUAUUGUACUUUGUCAGAUGAUACUUUAAUGUCGGUUUCCUCUUCGUUAUUCAAGGACCUUAUAGCUUUAUACGUUUUCAAAUCGAACGUCCCCUCUGAUCAACUUACUGACCUCUUGAAACUGGUUUACUUGGAGAGAAACGUGGAUGUUGCGAUAGCUUGGAUCAAGUUUUGGCUCGUCAAUGAUUCUAAUGGAAUUCCUUUGUAUUCUUCCAAGUAA